CAACACUGUUGGGGAUUAGUCUACAACUGUAGACCCACAUCUGCAGUGUGUUGUAUCACAGCUGAUUUAAGGAGUCUGCAUAGCAGACUAGGUCUACUUUCAGGCAACAGCCCACUUCACGAGCCAUUCAGUUGGGGAUGCCCUCUAAAAAGCAAUGAGAUUGAACUUUGAUCGCAUGCAUGUGUAGUAUUUACUAUAUAUCCAGACUUGACACCCACGACAUACAUGUUCAUGUACUAUCAAUACAGCUAUACAUGUACUGCAGGUGAGUAAAGAUUUCCCGCAAGUUGAUAAUUACCUGCUGUAAGAAUACUUCUGAUAGAGCAAGAACAAAAUGGAGCACAACAAUGUAACUUGGCAAGUAAUUGCUUGUCUUUUGCUUUUGAUUAUCCUGAAUAUACCUGGAAAUGUCUCUCACUUCAUCAGUGAAGAAAUCGAGCUAUCAACAAAUUGCCAAGGGGAUGACAGCAAUUGUAUAGUAGAACACAGAAUGGAGACAUCAAGAAAUAAUGACGGAGGACUUGAUGUAUAUGUGGAUGAAACGAUGAGACUCCCAAUCUCUGCACUAACUGAAAUUCUUCAGGACAUAUCUAAAGUUUGUAUUGUAAACAUAGAUACAGACAUUUCUAGAGGACUACAAAUUGUGGAACGUCCAGGGGCCUUAUAUCAAGGCCGUCUGCAAAUAAAGUGGGAUAUCAUUCCAACAAGCCAUGGCUGGGGUAUACUAGUACUUCAUCUAAUGUUGCGAAAUCUUGAGUAUGGCGAUCAUCGACACCUCCACUUGGAAGCAAGAACAGAUCGCACACUUUACAGGACACCCGUAAAACGAUGGUUUCCUGAUCUAAAAAAAUUGCAAGCACAAGAGGUGUUUCGCAGCACUUCUACCUCUGAGACGACAAAACUUUGGACAACUGCUCCUAAUGUUGAUACAACGGUAGAAAACAUGACUGCAUACAUGAGUGAUGAUUUGGUCCAGCACCAGGAGAUUCAGACUGGCAUAUCCACUGUAAAGGACAUGAUCUGGAACAUGACAGUAAAAUUGCUGAUCGUUCUAGCUGUAUUCAUUGUCAUUAAUGUAUUGGCCUGGACUAUCAAUAUCAUCUACAAAUUGCAUAAAAGUGAUAAAGACAGAAAACAUGUAUAUGACAUAGUAUGGAGAGGUGAAGACUUACAUGUGUAUCCACGGAAACCAAAUGAAUUCAAACAAGAAGAUACUCAACUCAAUCAAGAGAUGCAACACCUGAAAACCAAAAAGGAACAGGAUUUGUUCAUACCUUCAAAUUACACAAUGGAAGCAUUUCCUGGAGAGUCAGAUAACUUAAACUUUGUCUUCAGAUCUAAUCCAAGUUAACUGCUUACAUGUAAGCUGGUGGGCUAAAAUUAAAAGGACAAGUUUUGUAAAA